AGUUGAGGUUUAGAACAAGCACAAUUGGACUUGGUUUGUUAGAAUUUUAAAGGAAGAUCUUCAGCUGGGAGAUGGGACAGACAUUACUGUUAUAACAGAUAUGCAGAAGGGUCUUGAAAGUGCCAUAAAAGAGAAGCUACCCAAUGUUGAACAUAGAAUGUGUGCUAGGCAUGUUUUAGCCAAUUGGUCCCAAAAAUACAGAGGCCUUGAGAGGAAGAAUUGCUUCUGGAGGUGUGCAAAGUCAACUUUUGAGUCUCAGCUGAAUGAGAACUUAGACUACAUGAAACUUUUGGGAGAAGAAUGUCUUGAUAAGUUGAUGUAUUACAACCCUGAAAGGUGGAACAAGGUUUACAUGAAAUAUACCACAAAGUGUGACAUUAUAUACAACAACAUGACUGAAUGUUUCAACUCUUGGUUACUGGCUGCAAGGCACAAGACUGUAAUAAAUAUGCUUGAAGAAAUAAGAGUCAAAAUGAUGAAGAGAGUAGGACAGAUGAGGGAGUUUUGUGUCAGUUAG